AUGCAGAGCUUGCUGACGCUGCUUAGGGGGAAUGAGGGCAGUGGCCCGUCCCUGGCAGAGUUGGUGACCCUCACGGGCAAACUGUGUCGCGACCUUCAGGAUGACCCUGCCCAGGUACAGCCCUUGGUCACAGCUGUGUUGGACAGCCAGAUCCGCCUGCACCUUCUGGACAAUGCGGAUGUGGCCCUGGUAUGUGCCCGCAUGCUGGCCCAGCAGGAGCAGCACGAGGCUGCCUGCCAACUGCUGGAGGAUUGCCGGACCCCAGGAGGCAGUGAGGAGCUAGUUCAGCUCUGGAACGACAUUCAUUACCGCCUGGUCAUGAAGAGACUGGGCGUGGCCACGCUGACUCCAGUGCAGAAGUUCCGCUGCCGGAAGAGGAACCCCCCACCACCUUCCCUCUGCCCUGACGGUCUGAAGAGCAGAAACUUUCCCAGGGAGGUUCGCCAGAAGUUGCAGGACUUUGCCUCGGGUGUGAGCAUCAACCCCAGCAAGGCUGAGCGAGAGAAGCUGGCCUCUGAGACGAACUUGACAGCAGAGCAGGUUUACAACUGGUUUGCCAAUUAUCGGCGGCGCCAAAGGGCCUUUGUGCAGCACAUGGAGACAGCCCCAGAGGCCAUAGCAGAAGAUUCCAGUGCAACAGUGAGGGACCUUCUACAGCCCUCAGCUCAACCCUGUGUUGACUCCAAGAGUGUGGACAGGCCACACUGGAAAGCAUCACAUGAGAAAAAUGGGCAUAUGCAGCCCCCACAGACUGACCAUGGAUUGUGGGAUGCGUUGGCUUUGGCCUCAGACUUCCGUGGAGAAGAGGCUUUGUCAGAGCCACUGCCCAGGUCUCUGCAGAGUGGUGAGAUGUAUCGGGAAGGGCCUGGACAUGACCCUGCUGUUUGCCCUGGCUCUGGCUUCUGCUCUCUUGCUGGCGGCAGUGACAUGCUGGACCACUCCCUGGCUGCUCCUGAAUCAUGGCUGAUGUCUCUUGCACUGGCGUCCUCCAAGGAAGUUGGCUUCCAGACGGGGCCUCUGGCCCAUAGUCCUGGCAUGGACUUCAUGCUGCAUCCUACAGAUACUGCCGUGGCUGUGUCUGUUGCUGCCUUGGGUGAACCCUAUCCUACAGGAUUUGUUGACCCGGUCAGCAGCAACCAUCAGAUGACCUACCCAGAAGAAGGUCCAGGCACCAGUGGUAGCCAAACAGAAGGACAGGUGGGCGGCUUCCUUUUGACACAGCUCCAGUCACAGACUUCUGAAUUCAUCCUUACACAGAGCUCGCCAGAGCUGGAGGCUGCCCCAUCUGCCUUCUCCAGUUCAAUGUCUGCUGCAAAGGUAAACCAGCCACUGCCCUCUAACCAGGUGCAAUGGCCAGACAUCCAGGCCUCCAGUGAUGCCUUCUGGGGAGCCCAAAUGCUCCUUGAGUUUUCUGGAGGCAGUUUGGCUUGAGCCGCCACUUGUGAACCUGUUCAGCCCCCACAGGAAGCAGA